CUCGUCUCCCUCUGAGUUCUGCGAACCCAUCCUUCUCAUCCAUUCAUGCGGAUGCGGGCGUGGUGUUGUUACCGCUGAUAUUUUCUACCUCGCUCCCAGUCCGGGCUUCAGAUUCUUCGUUUCUAAUCUUAUUACGAAAAAGCGAGCGGCAGUGUUACGCGGGUCAUUCAUCAUGCGGUACGAAAACUGGGACGUGCUUCUAUUUCCAGCGAAUUCCAAGGUGCCUAUCCAGGAAUUCAAGACGCAAUGCUUUGUGACCCGUGAUCGAGAGUCCCCUUAUCUACACAACCCUGCGUUCAUUGGCCCCGCUACCUAUUAUCAACCACACGGCAACUUGGGCCAGUUGCCAGUUCUUACUACUUUCGUCCCGAGCCUUCCUGCAAACAGCCCCUUUCGAGUGUCCAUCCAUAGCUGGGAGCAACCCCAUGCUAGCCGCCUGAUGGAAAGCCUCCUGCAGCCGGAUGAUACUUCGCUAUUUGAAGUCAGGGUCUUUGUGGAUGGUUUGUGCGUGGCGGGAAGCGUGGUUUCCCAAAGAACGAGCUGGCCGCAUGUGAUCGAAUUAAGCUCCCAUGUCGACAAAAACGGUAAUCAAGACACCCUACGCUUUCCCCCGUUCCACCAGGAAAUCUUGGAACAAAGGCACUGGGAUGCGGGGGACCUCCAUGGCAGAAUCAGAGUAGUUAUCGCAGAGGGAUUUGCGCGGCCCCAUCGCAGCCCUCCUUUUGAACGAGUCAAGGAAAUCAUGGCGUUUGCGUUCCAGCACGCUCCGUUGAAUGUUCUGGAGUACUCUAGUAUUGCCUGGCCGAAUACCUCAAUGUGGAGCAAGGAACCAAGACUUUUCAAGUACAAUGCAGGAAGCGGAGUGAGCGACCUCAAGGAAGCUGACGAUGCACACGCCCAUUCACCAUCUCGACAUGAAUCUCGGCCUCCGGUGACUACUACCGGACAAAUUGGUAACCCACCCGCGCUGAAUCUCUGGAGAAAUAGAAAUUACCAGGGCCCUGUACCACAAUGGCAAGGUAACUACAGGGAAUCUCGGUGGGCUCCUCCGGAGACAGCCUUCGCCGACCCAUUUGUCGAUCCAUACAUGCUAGACCCAGCGGCGCGUCACCGGGGCGCGAGACAAUCCUGGGAGGACAUAUCAAUGCCGGACUAUAUCUCGAGUUCCAACAGUAGUCGCGCGAUCUCAAGCAUGACGGGUAUUAGCUACGAGCAUAGCAAACAUCCCAGUCUUGUUGCCCCUAUGGACGAAGACGCGUAUAGUCAAUUAAUCCAGGCCCUCAGCCCGCCUAAGCCGCUCUCUUUCAGUACUCACACUCAAUUGAAUUCCUCCACUACUGCUGCUCUACCUAUGAGAAGCAAGCUUUCGGCCGCGGCAGAAGCCCGAUCCCAAUCCUACAGCAAGAGUGGGAGCCGCCGCGGCUCCAUCAGUGUUUUAAAAGACAUCUCUUACCCAGGCACUCGGGACGUAUCCGAAUCAAGUGUCAAAUCAAAUACCGCGCCAUGCGACCCUGCUGCAGCCACUAAGCUUCACCCCAGCCCUAAUGGACCAGUUAAGAGUAGAAAGGAAGGGCUAUCUCACGAAAACAAGGAAAAUGAAGCGGAAACUACUAGUAAAGAGAGUGGUAAAUUACACCAAACCCCUUCGAAACUCAACGUUCGGACCAGUGGCAGCAUGGAAACCUCCACUGAGGGCAAAAGAAGACGCUCGAUCGGCUCUAGUCGCGAAGACUGCCUAAACAUUGGUAGAAUGGAGCCAACACCUGUCUCACCCGCCCAAGGUCUUUCCACGGUAGAAGGCGACGAUCACCAGAACGAGUUCAAUGGUUUCCUGAGUCCGCGACCAAUGCUCAUGAGUGCCACAGCUGAGAUUGGUGAGAUGGAGUGAACCCCGACGUACCUUAUCUUUGUGAUCAUUGAUUCGGCCAUUAUAGCAAUGUUGCCUUUCAUUUUGCUUGUUUCGAACUACAGACCUCACAUGUGGCAAGGCCGUUAAACCGGUGUGGAUGUUACUAGGGGUGGUAGUUUUGUACUGUUGCACUAUUCUUUCUAUUGAGACAUACAAUUAAUCAUUAG